AUGGAUGAAGUUGAUGUGUUGACGCGUUUGCUUCGUAAGCUAAACGCAGCAAAUGUGAGUCCGGAAGAACGUCAGCGACUUCAGGCACAAAUUGAAGAAAUUAUGGGACAGAAGUCCGAUCCAUUUGAAACAAGUGGCGACGUAGAAGAUGAUGAAUAUUUUCCAGAUGAAGAUGACUUCGGUGAAGCAUCAGAUAUAGAACAGGAAAUCGAGUUAGAGGCUGUUCUGGAUGAAAACCAUGAUGAUAUUGAGGAUUUGUAUAGAGAAGCUAUCGCCCUUGAGGCUUCAACUACAAUGGAAUCAUGCAGCACAUCUAUUACCCAGGGCCUUAUAUACAGGUCGAAAGAUGGUAGAAUGUGGAAUUCAAAUCCUCCACCACCUGGAAGGCCUCGUUGCCACAAUGUUACAACUUUUACUCGUAAAGGGCCACUACGAGGAGCGUCACCGAGUCAUAAAGCUCUUUUCAAGCUAUUGCUGUCUCCUGAAAUCGUUAGUAUCAUUGUGCGGGAAACCAACAGAAAAGCCGUUGAAGCGUUUCGUCUAUGGAAUGAAAAGCAUCCCAGUAAUAAACAGCGUUCUUGGCCAGCGAAAGAAUUGUGGGCCAGCUACAAUAUGCCAAUUUAUAAGGCCACUAUGUCAUUGAAUCGGUUCAAGAGCUUAACUACUUUCACCCGUUUCGAUAACAGUGGUACUCGUGCUGAGAGGUUGAAGCAAAGCAAAACUGCUGCCCUGGACGAUGUAUGGCUAAUGCUGAUGGCCAAUUUAGAGAAAGCAUACACUCCGGAUUGUCAUGUAACCGUCGAUGAACAGUUAUUUCCAUAUCGUGGGCGCACUCGAUUCACCCAAAAUAUUCCGAGUAAACCGGCAAAAUAUGGCAUGAAAGUGUGGUGGAUUUGUGACUCUGUUUCAAACUACCCUUUGAAAGAUAUAAUUUAUACUGGAAAACCACCAGGUGGCCAGCGAGAAACGUAUCAAGGUGAACGGGUCGCCAUGAAAUUGAUGCAAAAUUAUAUGGACAGCGAAAUGUUGAUGAAUCGUAGAGUGGCUUUUGUCGGUACCGUAAGAAAAAAUAAGACCUUCAUUCCGCAUGAAUUGCUUAACCCGAAGCGUGAUGUUAAAAGCACUUUAUUUUGUUAUCACAAUAAUAAUAUCGGUCUGUGCUCGUAUAUGGCAAAGCCGAAAAAGCCAGUAAUUAUGUUAUCCACUGCCCAUUACCGUCAAAGCACCGAUCCAUUUAAAGGAUUCAAGCCAGAUAAAAUUUUGGACUACAAUAAAUUUAAAGCGGGGGUAGAUACAAUGGAUCAAAUGUUGACGGGCUAUUCGUGCAAACGCUCGACAAACCGUUGGCCACUAGCAAUGUUUUAUAAUAUGCUGGAUAUUGCCGGUUUGGCCUCAUUCAUCAUCUAUGACGAGCUGAAUCCGGCAAAGCAGAGUGAUAAGAGGCGCUCAUUUAUCAUUGAAUUGGCACGGCAGCUAGUUAUUCCACAUAUGACGAAACGGGCGACUAACCCAUUAGUAUGGAGGUUUGAUCAUAUAAGACAAGCAAUGAAUCUUUUCAAUAUCAAGAAAAUAAGAGAUUGGACCCUUAUCGACACAUUUGAAAUUGUUUGCAAUUUUUGCUUUGAUUGCAAGGAGGUCUUCUCUGGUUUGACAACUUAUAAUGAGAUCAUCAACAUAUACAGCGAUAAGUUACCCUGA